CUUGAAGACGAUGGUUUGAAGCCUGCGGUUUCCCAAAUUUGUCAUUCCCUACUAAGAAUCCAAUGUCCUUCUCUCCUCUUCACUUUUCCCCUUUUUGUAAACUUAAUUCUCUUCUUCUAAACCCUAAUUCCAGAUUCAAAAUGGGUAAUUUCAAUAUCAUCUCAUCAAUAAUUCUCAUUUUUCUUCUUUCACUUACAUUAUCUCCAUCAUCCGCUUCAACAAUCUACGAUGUUCUUCGAUACCAUAACCUUCCAAUCGGUCUUCUUCCAAAGGGUGUUACUAAUUUCACUGUUAAUUCAUCUACCGGUCGAUUCCAGGUUCUUUUGCCGUCUGCUUGUAGUGCUCAGUUUGAGUCUCAAGUGCGUUAUGAUUUUAAUGUUUCUGGAACAAUCCGAUCUGGAAGAAUUGGUAAUUUAUCUGGUAUGUUAGCUCAAGACCUUUUCCUAUGGUUUCCUGUUAAGGAUAUUCGUGUUGAUGUUCCUGAUUCUGGGCUCAUUUACUUCGAUGUUGGCGUUGUUCGUAAGCAAUUUCCUCAAUCUUUGUUUGAAACUCCGAGGGAUUGUACUGCCGAGGAUCCUGAUUCUCCUCCUCCUGAUCUUUUGAUGUUUAAAGAUGGUGAUCGCAUUAUUAAGAAUAAGAUGAAGAAUCGUUACAGGCCUAAGAAAGAACUUGAUGUGAAGCAUGUUUCCAUGGCAGCUUCAUGAAAUGGAAGAAGAAGAAGAUAUAUGAGAGAGCUGAUAAUUUUUUAAUUUUUUCGUUUUUUUGUUUUGUUUUUUUUUCGUUUUUUCGUUUUGUUUUUUUUGCUUCGAGUGCGUGUUAUCAGAUUUUCCUUGGCUUCUCUAUUUGUGCAGUCAACAUAUUAUUAUUGUUGUCAAGAGAAGGCACAAGUAAAAUAGGUAAUAUACAAUGAUUUAGAGGUAGUGAAAGUAACACGAAAAACAUAUAACUUGCCAUGUUUCUUGCACGAUGAGAACUGAUUACAUUCGUAUUAACGGCAUUUAUUUC